CGGAGAUUGGAGACCGGAACGUGGGCUUCUGGGCAGAGAUGGCCCUGCAGAGCCAGGUGUGGUCUCCGGCCACACCCAUGCCCAUGGUCGAGAGCUCCCUCUACCGGCAGCGACUAGAGGUCAUCGCGGUAAGUGACACCCUCCGGGAAGAGAUCCGCGCGGCGCGCGGGGAGCUGGAGGAGGAGAAGCUCCGCGUGGAGCGCCUCAAGAGAAAGUCUCUUCGGGAGCGGUGGCUAAUGGAUGGGGCUGAGGGACCUGAGGGACCGGAGGACGCCACCUUGCAGGACCCCCAGUCCCCCGAGGGCCAGGCACAGGCCCGCAUCCGGAACCUGGAAGACAGCUUGUUCACACUCCAAUCUCAGCUGCAGCUGUUGCAAAGUGCGUCCACAGGUGCCCAGCACAAGCCCUCUGGCAGGCCUACCUGGCGCAGACAGGGUCACCGUCCACUCUCUCAGCCCACUGUGGAGGCAGGUACUGCAGGCCAGACUGAUCUGAACAAGAGAGCCUCCUUGCCAGCUGAACCAGUGGGCACAUCUCUGGAGUCCCCGACUGAGCCCAGAGAUGAGGCUGUUGGGGUUCUGCCAGCCCCAAGGCCGGUCCCUGGGGCAGCAGGGGCCUCCUCAGAAGCCAAUGGCCCCUGCCCCAGGCCCAGCCCCCCUCCAGAGCAGGAGCAGGAGCAGGAGCAGAGUCAGGGGCUGACAGCAUCCGACUGGGGGGUGGGUGAGGCCAAAGGAGGGGGUGUGGUGAAGGUGGUGUGGGAGGGGCUGAGGGCUACAGAGGACUGUGCCAGGGGGGCCACAGGCCCAGAGCUGGAGGCUAAAGUGGAGGAGAUGGUGCUGGAGGCCAUCGGGGACAGGCUGGAAGCCGACCGUCCAGAGCUCCCAUCCUGGGUGAAGGAGGACAGGGGGGUUGUGGAGGUGGUGUGGGAAGGGGUGGGAGGCACAGAGGGCAGUGACUCAGAGGCUGCGGGGGAGACAGGCAGGGGCCCACAGACUGCGCAGACCAGCUCACCUAGGCUCCAGGAAGGACUAGAGGGAGCAGCUUCUGGAGAAGGGGGAGGGGCCCCCAGGGGCAGCCCUGAUGGCUUCAGGCAGGGGGGCUCUGGAGGAGAGGAGGGAUCCUUCAUUUGGGUGGAGAGAGUGACCCUCAGUGAGGAAUGGGAGGAACUGCUGGUGGAGGGGUUGGAAGGGUCGAGGGCACUGGGGAAGGAGGGAGGAGAUGAGAAUCCUCUGGGAGCGGAGAGGUUGAGAGGGGAGGAAACCUGGGAAGUGGAGAGGAGACAGGCAGAGGAAUCCAUGGGCACAUGGAAGAAAGGAAGUGAAGAAAAGGCAGAGGAAAAGGCAGGGGCUGAGUGGGGAGGAGUGGAGAUGUCUCUGGUAGUAGAGAGGAAAGAAAGGGAGGAACCCUUGAAGCCAGAGAGGAGAGAAGGUGAGGGAAAGGUGGAGACAGAGAGGGAAGGGGGUGAAGAAGGACUGUCAGCAGAAAGCAAGGAAACUGAGGGACCUUUGAGGGCAGAGAGGGAAGGAGGUGAGGAGCCAUUGGGAGUAGAGCAGAGUGGAAGUGAGGAAAAGUUGGAGGCAGAAAAGGAAGUUGAGGAACCAUUGGGAGUAGACAGCAAGGCAGUUGAGGGAUCAUUGAGGGCAGAGAAGGAAAGAGAUGAGGAAAAUCUCGGGGUGGAGGAGAAGGAGGUUGAGGAACCACUGGUUGUAGAGAAGAAAGGAGAUGAAGACAAGCUAGAAGUGACUGAAGAGCCACUGAUGACAGAGAGGAAGGAGGGUGAGGGGCCACUAACAGUAGGGAGAACAGGAGGUGCGGAGCCAUUGGAGGCAGAGGAGAACCAGGAGGUCAAGGAAGAUGUGAGUCCAGAAGAGCAGAGAAAGUCAGCAGUUGGAAAAGAAUGUCAGGGAGAGGAGGUAAGUGAGGCAGGGGCUCCCCUGGAGGCCAAGGAAGAGCUAAGGCUGGAGGAGGAAGGACCACAGCAGCCCCAGGAGAAGCAGGAAGGCUCCCUGGAGGAGGAAGCAGUAAAGCCCCAAACCCCUGCUGAGAGCCAGGACCCCUCAGGUGAUGCCACACCCCUCCUGGCAGAGACCCCGGCUCCUGAGCAGCCCACCGAGUGCCAGCCACUGCUUCCAGUGGAGGGGCCCCGGGCUAACCCCAGUGCCCACCCUGUGCCCACCUAUGCACCUGCCCAGCAGCCCGAGCCAUCUGCUCCUCCUGAGGGUGAAGAGGCAAGUGGCCCUAAGCAAAAGACGUGCCAGUGUUGUGCGGUGAUGUGAGUCCAUGCCUUCCACCCCACGCCUCGCUCCUUUCACAGCUACCUCGGCCUCUUGGCAUUCAGCAGAGGGUCCCAGGCACAGACAGGGCAUAUGGGACUGGCCAUGGCAUCUGGGAGCCUGCUGGCCCACAUGUCCACCUCCACCUGGGCUUCCAGACCCCUUGUCCACUGCCUGUGACCCUGGCUCCCUUCUCUGACUAAGCCUUUAUACUUGAAAAUAAAAUGUUAAAGCAUUGAGA